UCACACACCCUCAUCCCCCUUCUCCUCCCCUCUCUUCCUCCUUUCCCUCCCUCUUUCUAGUCUCCCCCAUCCUUUGUGAAAAGGCAUCAGUCGUCAGAGCUCAGUCCGUUGAAGUGGCCGGCUUUUGAACCAUGCCCCAGCCCGAGCCCCAGGACAGCUGAGUCCACUGGGAGGAGCACAUCUCUGGGGAAAGUAAGGCCUUGGCUAGAAAAAAAAAAAAAUAUAUUGUGAUUUUCAGCUGCAGGACAGAAGGAGUGAGUGAAGUGGAGCAACUCAGAAGACUGGAACAAAGAAAGACAGAGAGAGAUGAGUCCUGAGCACUUCAUCUCGGUGAAGACACAAUACAAAACACACGUGAAACUAUAACUGCAGGAAACACACCCCUAACUACUGGUAACAAACAAAAAGGGAGGCCUGGGGGGACUUGGAGGGAGCACCAGUAGCUGUCCAUCUAUCCAUCUAACCAGCCAGCAGCAAUGCAGGGGCUGAUGUGGAGCCUGUGCGCCCUGCUCUGCCUCUCCCUCUGGGAGGAAAGUUACUGCAGGGGCUCCAGGGAAGCCCGGAGGACCAAAGAGCCUUCUCUCCACCGGAGUAAAAGAGCUUCCCAAGAUGAUGGCAAAAAGUGUUCCUACACCUUCCUCAUACCGGAGCAGAGAAUUACAGGUCCAAUCUGUGCCAGCACCACAGGCCCUGAGCCAGACAAGGACAGAGUGACCCGCAUGGACAUUGCAGAUGUGCGGGAGGUGCUCAACAAACAGCGGCGUGAGAUUGAGACACUGCAGCUGGUGGUGGAUGUGGAUGGUAACUUAGUGAAUGAGAUGAAGCUGCUGCGGAAAGAGAGCAGGAACAUGAACUCCAGGGUGACCCAACUCUAUAUGCAGCUGCUGCAUGAGAUCAUCAGGAAAAGAGACAACUCUCUGGAGCUGGCCCAGCUGGAGAACCGCGUCCUCAAUGUGACCUCGGAGAUGAUGCGACUGGCUUCAAGGUACAAGGAGCUGGAGGCUCGGUUUGCCAACAUGGCCGGGGUGGUCAACAACCAGUCCAUUCUCAUCUCUGCACUGGAGGAGCAGUGUCUGAGGGGACGCAGUGAGCUGCCCGUCGUUCCUCCACUGGUACAGGUGGUACCGCAGAAUAUACCAGUGAACAAUCGUUUCACCAAUGAGAUACAGAGGUACAACAACAACCGGGCCUUUCCCAGAGGAUCACGCAUGGACUCACCUACUCCGAGCCCAUUUGGGAUUGAUCCGCCACCACCGCAAGGAACACUUACCUCUGAUGGUCCCUUCAAGGACUGCUACCAGGUGCGACAGGCAGGUCACACCACCAGCGGGAUGUACCUUCUGAAGACAGAAGGUAGCGAUCGGUUGAUCCAAGCCUGGUGUGAACACGGCCUGGACAAUGGAGGAUGGACUGUGUUGCAAAGGAGGAGAGAUGGCUCUGUUAACUUUUUUCGGAAUUGGGAGAACUACAAGAGAGGCUUUGGAAACAUAGAUGGUGAACACUGGCUUGGGCUGGACAAUAUCUACAACCUGGGGAAACAGGGAGACUAUAAGAUGAUGGUUGAGCUGGAGGACUGGACAGGGAAGAAGGUGUACGCCGAGUACAGCAGCUUCCGCCUGGAGUCAGAGAGCGAGGGUUAUCGGUUGAGGCUCGGCACCUACCAGGGCAACGCUGGGGACUCCUUGAGCAGUCACAACGGAAAGCAGUUUACCACGCUCGAUCGUGACAAGGAUGCAUUUUCUGGUAAUUGUGCCCACUUCCAUAAGGGUGGCUGGUGGUACAACGCUUGUGGCCAGACCAACCUGAAUGGCGUAUGGUACAGCGGGGGAGUUUACCGCAGCAAAUUCCAGGAUGGGAUCUUCUGGGCAGAAUAUGGAGGAGGUUUCUAUUCCCUCAAGUCAGUCCGCCUCAUGAUCCGACCGAUUGACUGAAACCUUGGACAUUCUUCAAAUGCACCUCAGUUUCUUACCUUAUCUUUAUCUACCCGUAAACAAAUACUGUAAAGGCAGAACCAGGAAUCCCUGCCAUCAUACAACAGCGCCUUGUAAAAUAUGAAGGUGAAGAGACAGUGGUACGCGUUUAUGGCCAGAUAAUUAAGACUCCAGUGGCCUGCGCAGUGGCUAGCUCCCAUGUUGACUCUAAAUUCGAGAUGAAGACUGAUGCCAUUGCCCUCCCCAAGUAACUGCUCUCCUCCACCUUUACGUCUGGAAAGUAAUGGUCCAUCAAGCUCACUAGGACCAUUAAGUAUUAAUCUUAAGUGUCCUAUCUUACUCACUCUUGUUGAAACUCAGUAUGUAAUAAAAGGGAAAAGGUCAUUUUACCAGAGAAAUUUCUUCUGAGCAGCUAAUGGUGACUCAUUGAAAGUAGUGUCACCCGUAGCAAAGGGUGCUGGAUGUAUUUGGAUGUUUGACCUAAGUAGCAUGAAAAAUGGUGAAAAUAAUGCAGUUUAAAUAAAAAAAAGGUGUGUUGCCAGUUAGAAUACCUGAAAAUCAAACAAUUGCAAGACAGGCCUUGCUACUGUUUACUGGUUUCUGGAUUUUGUCUGGACUUCUGGGGUUUCCUUCGACCCCAAACAGAAAAUGAACUUGUGCGACAAUGUGCAUGUGGCUGAGCUGGCUUUGGUGUGUAAAUAUCUUUGGCUUUAUUUGUGAAAGGUAAUUUAAGAGAUGUUAUUCUUCUCAGGCCAAAUGUUCACAAUGUUGUCACUCUGUCAUUCUUUGUUAUUUAUCAGUGUAUUUAUAGUAAAUAUAGUCAUGGUCAUUUUAUUAUCUACCCCUGUAACAAUACAAUUCUUAGUAUUUUUUAAUCACAUUACACAUUACAUUAACAACACUUGAACUGAAGGACAAACAAACAGAACUAGCCGAGACAAACAAAUCCAGAGUGGAUGUCUAGUUGACUGGAGAUGAAGAGUAUGUGACGUGCACUACCUGUUUUCAUCCAUGUCAAAUUAAAUUCAUUUGUAAACAGUGAA